AUGUUCUCCCCGUGGGUUCUCAGCAGGAAAAAAGAUGAAGAUUUUAUUGAUACUCCUUCUGGUAGCCGGUGUAGCCACAACCAUGAUGACUGCGGCCCCAACCACAACCACUACUACUUCAAUUCCAACCACUGCUGUAACAACCACUGCUGCAACUACAACAGCCAUGGCUGCUUCAACAAGCACCAGAGUUGCACCAACAACAACCAAAGCUGCUUCAACAACAACCACAGCUGCUCCCACAACAACCACAAUUCUACCAACAACAACUACAGCUGUUCCAACCACGACAGUUUCUCCAACAACAACAGCUGUUUCAACAACAACCACUGCUGCUCCAAAAACAAUCACAACUCUCCCAACAACAACCACAGCUGCUUUAACAACAACCACAGCUGCUGCCACAACAACAACAACAGCUGCUCUAACAACAACCACAUCUGCCUUGAAAACAAGUACAACUCUUCCAAUUAUGACCACAGCUUCUCCAGCAACAACUGGUUCAACAACAACCACAGUUGCUCCCACAACAAAAACAGCUUCUCCAACAACAACCACAUCUGCUCUAACAACAACCAAUGCUGCUUCAACAAGCACCACAGAUGCUUCAACAACAACCACUGCUGCUCCAAUAACAAUCACAACUCUACCAACAACAACCACAGCUGUUUCAACAAUAACCACAGCUGCUCCCACAACUCUACCAACAACAACUACAGCUGUUCCAACCACGACAGUUUCUCCAACAACAACAGCUGCUUCAACAACAACCACUGCUGCUCCAACAACAAUCACAACUCUCCCAACAACAACCACAGCUGCUACAACAACAACCACAGCUGCUGCCACAACAACAACAGCUGCUCUAACAACAACCACAUCUGCCUUGAAAACAAGUACAACUCUUCCAAUUAUGACCACAGCUUCUCCAGCAACAACUGGUUCAACAACAACCACAGUUGCUCCCACAACAAAAACAGCUUCUCCAACAACAACCACAUCUGCUCUAACAACAACCAAUGCUGCUUCAACAAGCACCACAGAUGCUUCAACAACAACCACUGCUGCUCCAAUAACAAUCACAACUCUACCAACAAUAACCACAGCUGCUCCCACAACUCUACCAACAACAACUACAGCUGCCUUCUGGUGGAUUAA